AUGAACCUGGCGCACAUUUUCGUAACUAUGAGAACCUUUGGAGUGGUGAUGCUGGCGGUGAUCACGGCUCGCAAGGCCAUCUACAACAUCGAGUCAAACCAAGUCAACCUCAAGCAGUGGGUCUGUCUCACACCAAAACCCAUUGCCUCUUCUCGAAUACCUAUCCUCCUUUUCAUGACGUCUGCAGCAGCCCUAGUGGCAGCAGGGGACGUGGCGGCCCUCAAAGACCCGCACCUGCAAGCACCGGACGACCUGGUGCUGCGCAUGGCACGCCUGGCGCUCACCUGCACCGCCAUGCCCACAGCGUCUCGCCCGGGCAUGAGCCGUGUGCUGGCAGAGCUGCUGCUGCUCAAGGAGGAGUUCUUCGGGGAGGACGAGGACCGCAUGGCUGUUAGGAUUGACCACGAGAUCGAGAGCUCCGAGCAGGUCGACUUCAGCUUGGAGCUGGCUCGUAUUGAAGGCAAUCAACAUGGUAGUUAG